UGCCCGACUGCUCGAAAUCCACGUCAGUUAGCCGUUUGCGUUUGCCCAGGUAGUGCGGAGUGAAAGGCUUGUCGAGUAGUCUUAAAUUUGUCAUUUGCUGUCGCACAAUCGUCAUCGAGAUAACGACGGUCGGAAAUGGGGACCAGAAGUGAAGGCGGAGCUUAUACAACACCUACUGAAUGGAAACUAUGGAAUCAAACGAAGUUGAGUCAAAGCCAAUUUGAGCGGCUGACAGCCGAACGUCUUGACGCCGAAAGCAAAAGGCUUCGUGAUGAUGUCGGUACCCGCGUUACUUCAAGUCGUCGUGAGGUUAGUCAGCAAUUCUCGACAAGGAUUAGAGAUUUGCAGUACUGGUCGACCAAUUUAGAAUCCAAAACAGCAGAAGUUGGCUCAGAGAUAGACGCUCUGUUGCAAUGCCAAUCGCAAUUGCAACGAAUGCACCACGCCUGCGGAGACCCGAUCGCUGUUGUCGAACAAUGUCUGCAGUUGCGGGAACGUCGUUCUCAUGUUGAUCGAUGUCUUGAUGAAGUUCAAUCUUCUCUGCACGAUGAGCUGCGUACUUUACGCCAGGGAGAGAUGGUGCUUGGAAGGACGGUCAUCGAAGCGAACGAACAGAUCAGACUCUUGCGAAGCGCUAAAUUUCAGUUGGACCGUGACCUAGCCGACAAAUCCAAAGCCAGCGAGAUUGAUUCAACAACUGCCGGAUUGGCCGACUCUGUUGUGGGCGACGGCCGUACUCCACGAUUGCUGUCGGAUCUCGUCCAUUCGAGUCAAAUAAAUGCAACGGUGCAUUUCCCUUGGAGCACUCCCGGUGCGGAUUUGGGUGGAAACGAUCGUAAUGCCGGAGCCAUAACCAAAGCCAACAGACAAACAACUCCGACUGAAUGGCAAAGUUUUACAGAGAGAAACGUGCAAGAAGCGUCCGAGCAAGUUCAUCGUUCCUUACAGUUGCGGGUGACGGCCAUGGCUGUUAUGCAGGACAUCAUUCGUGACACUCGUUCGCACGCCAACCAAGUAGACCAACUCUUCCACGACGUCAUUGACCGGACAAAGAAGGCACUAGGAGCACUGAAAUCCGAGCACAGCGCCGUCUGUCAGCAAAUCCAAGAGACGGAAGAGACGGCUUCCGGAUUGCGCGCUGCCAUCGCUGCUCAAGACGCUCCGCUCGGUAGCGCCAUCCAACAGUUAGCUAGGAGAACUGCCCGUCCUAACGUCGAAUUCUGUCGCGACGGCGUCCAGGAUUGCCUGGAAACGCGGGUGGAUGUUGUCAGGACUUCGUUACGUCAACUCCAGGAAAAACUUAGUCAGGCUGAAGCGUCGCUACGUCGGCUACGUCAAUCCAAAUUCGACCUGGAGCAGGAGAUCGCCGUGAAAGAGGCGACCUUGAGGAUUGACGCUGAUCAUUGCAUGAAUGCGUUGCGAAGAAACAUGGUCCUUCCACAACCGUGAAAGGUCGGCUUGUCUAAAUAGUAUGAUUUUCACUUUUGUCGUUUGGCAUUAUCAUCAUCAACUCUCCCUCAGACUAAAUCACUAAAUAAUACACGGCACGUGCAAAAACGC